GCUGGCUUUUCAGCUGCACGAGAUGCGCGGCGCAUUGUCUCCCAACACAACUGUCAGUUAACGUCAGCUACUCGCUUUGGUUCUGUCUGUGACGACCGUUAACCAGGUAAAAAGCGGAGAGCCAGGCAGUGUCGUCCCUGUUCCACAGGCUUGUUAGAGCACUGCCACAGCUAUGAGAGAGCCUCCCCGGCUGCUGGCGCCCUUUGUAACUCGAAAGUGAAUGACAGUCUGUAGCUGGUUCCCUCAUACCAGCUUGUGGCUCCCAUGGCUCUAAGGAUUGUGUGACUUUGGAUCAAGAGGAAUAGGACAGGCCCAAGCUAACAGACAUGAGCUGGGCUGAGGAGGACUGGACAGUGGGGUUGUCUGGGCGGGUUCUGCAAAAGGUGAAGGAGCUGCAGGUCCAUCAGGAGCGGCUAUCCAGAGAAAACAAACAGAAACAGCUGCAGCUUGACAAUAUCCACACUAGCCUCGAAAAACAGACUGUAAAGUAUGAGGAGGUUCGUGUGGAGCUCCAGUCUGUGCAGAGAGAGCUCCAGAGUGCUCGAGAUGAAGCCAAAGCAGCAGUGACCAUCAAGGAGCGUCUGGCCCAGGAGCUUCAAACAAAGCAGGCCCAGAUAUGCUCAUUUGAGGGCCAGCUAGAUGCUGCUCGCACCCUAAACAACAAACUCACCCAGGAGGUUAAAAGGCUGGAGGCAGAGCUGGAGAAGCUGCAGAACAGCAGCAGGCCCGCAGAUACCACUCUGUUCUCUACACCCUGCUGGAACACAGCCUCGCCCUGGGAACACAAUGGUAGCAAAAAGGAAGAAAAGCCAAGACAGAGAGAUGAAGGACAGAGUCGGGCGCCUCAAAUCCGACAAAGACUCCAAUUCUCAGAAGUGGCCCCAGUCCUGUUAUCACGGCAGCAACACAAGAGCACACCCCACCGCCACCCGGCCGACCAAUCGGACAUCUUCUCAACUCCCAUGUCUGUGUUUCCGUGGGAACGGGAUGACUCGGGGCCAGCAGCCAGGAGACGAUCCCCAUCCUCUCCCCAGAUGCCCUGCACUGAUGUCAUCAGUCAAGGCCAGCAGGAGAAGAGGGCUUGUGGGAAGGAGAAGGAUCACAGAGCAGAGACAGACAUAUCUUUGUCAGAAAUGCAGAGUCGUGUGUCUGCUCUGGAGGAGGAGCUGUCUGUGAAGGCCAACACCUUGAAGUCAAUUCAGAAUGAAGCAAUGCAGAGUAAGAAGGAGCUCACCGCAAAGGAGCUCAGCUAUCAGAGAGCCCGCGAUGAGCUCAGCCUGGCUCACACACGCAUUGCCAAGGAGAGUGACAGGGCAUCAGGUGCUGAGCAAAGGCUGAAGCAGCUACAAGAGGAGCUAAAAUGUCAGAGACAAAAUGCAGAAAGCAGCCGACUGCAACACCAACAACGCUCUAAGGAGAUGGAGAAACAGCAUCAGAGGGAUUUGGUGGAGCUUCAGAAGGAGAGGCACUGUCUGGAAAAGCAACACCAGCAGGAGGUGACUAAGCUUAACCAAGAGCUUCAGCAGGCCAGGACGCUCCACAAUACUCUGCAGGCCCAAGCUGACAAGCUGUCUCUGCAGAAGCAGGCAUUGGACAAAGAGCUGGACACAUUGAAAGAGAAACUGAAGUGGACAGAAGGACAGCUGCAGGAGAGCCAAAAGAAAGAGGCUCAGACACAGGCCAAACUGAUGGAAGCGGUUCGUGAGGCAGAGGGUGUGGCAGUAACUCUGGAACAGAGCAGGAAGAGAGAGCGAGCUCUGGAGGAGGAGGGGAGGAGACUAGCAGAGGAGCGAGCCAACGCCCUCCAUCUUCUCAAAGAGCUGCAGGAGCAAAAAGCUGCCUCAGCAUCCCUUCAGCCUGUGCAGCCCAUUGGACAGAGUUUCUCCCCUUCUCUUCCCUCUCGUCUGUCAACUCAAAUCAAGAGGAACAGCUCUGCAAACCUCGCUGAGCAGAAGAGGGAAGAGGGAGAGGACAUGGAUAAGAGAAGAGCAGCGAUUACAGCAUCUUACCCCUCUGACAGAGAGCCAGGAGAGGGCAUUGACUCAGAACACAUUUCCCAAGACUCUGAGUGUUUACAGAGAGGGGGAAAUAGCAGAAAUGAGGAGGAGAGUAUAAGACGAAGUGAGAGCGACUCUGCUGCCAUGGUUGGUGGUGACUACACUGUUACACUCUGUCCUGAAAAGACACCUUUUCAAAACCCUGAGCAGGCCAAGGCCUCUGAGGACCUUCAGAGGGAGAAUGCAGCUCUGCGUUCAGAGCUCAAAGAUGUACGUGAAGAACUACAGAAGCGCCUGGAGGACCUUGAAGCUCAACGACGGGCUGAGGCAGAAGCCAGGACGCGGGUAAAACAGCUGAGUCGCAAACAUGCCAGCCAGGCGGUGGAGAAGGAGGAGCAGGACAAGGGAUGGAGGGCACAGCUGGAGAGUGAGAGGGCUGAGACGGAGAGGUUGAGGAAGGCCAUGGCUGCUUUGGAGACAGAAAUGAACAGAAUAAAUAAGGAGAAGGGAAAAAUAGAGAGAGAAGAGCACAAAGGGGAGAAAAACAAAGCACUAGAAGACAGGGAGAGUGAAAUGGUAGAGCUUAAUUUCCAGCUAAAGAAACAGCUAGCAGAGGUGAAAGCCCAGCUUGCUUUAGAGCAAGAGGAAAGAAAGCUACAGGAAGCAGAGAGGAACCAAAUUAAAAACACAGACAAAGAUGUAAAUAAGGAGCUAAGCAGGAAGUUUGAAGAGCUUAAAGCUGAAUUAGAGGAAAUGAAGCGCAGAAGAAAUGAAGACUUGCUAGAAAAGGAGAAACUUUCAGUUGCCAACAGCCCUCUGACCUACCUGACUCUACAUAACGAUGAGUUUAACUCCAACCUGAUUGACUGUGACAACAAGCUCCUCCCGUCACCAGUGCAGCACCUUCUCUUCUGCCAGUCCACCAACCAGCGCAAUAUGCUUGUAUCUCAGGCCACAGCAGAUCUCAUCCAAGAGGAGCAACCAGUUUUAGACAAUGAAAGUCCACCUCUGUUAAAUGAGGGGCAAACAGAAUGUGUGGACCUGGAAGACACUAGAAAAACCAUGAGGAAGGAUGAGCCUGCCCCUUCACAUUUGGCAGAGGAGGUGGAGCGGCUGCAGAAGGAGAAUGCAAAGGAGACGGAGCGCUCUAACCAAUACCAGGUUAAACUGGAGGUCCUGCAGAACCAGGUGACGCGUCAGACCCAGCAGCUGACCACAGCCUUUGAGAAGCAGAGUCAGCACAUCUCUGGCCUUUUAGUCGAGCUGCAAGAGAAGGAGCGCACCCUCUUCAGCCAGGGAGAGGAACUGCAGCGCUGCAAAGAAGAGCUAGAAGCACUCCAGGCCAUAAAAAGGGGAGAAGAGCAGAAGGGACAAAAUGAAUCGACCAUCAAAGACGAUGUUAUAGAAAGGCAAGAGACUUCAUAUGAGGGCUCAGUGAAAACCUUCAUGCUUACGGAGCAUCAGCAUCGUCCAGACACUGAACUCCCACAUGAGACUCACCAUGACUCUGCUUGUCUCAUUGGAGAAACUGAGCGCACUCAUUGUGAAGGAACUGCGGACAUUGCUGCAGAACUUUUUGCUCUGCGACAUGAGAAUCAGCUGCUGAAACAAAGAAUGGACGGCUUCACUACCUCAGCCACCAAAACACCAGUUUUAAACAGCAAAAAACAAGAAAAUACAGCCAGCGAAAAGCUAAACAAAGGAAAUUCUGCUAUGUCCUGUUUGGUGGCGAAGAAUGCAACUAGUCUUCUUGGUGACAUCAACGACAAAGAAAGGGAGGCAGUGUUACAGAACACAAAGAAGGGAGGAGAUCAAGGUGGAGAUUUAGAAAGGGAAGAUCUGAGGUCUAAAACUGACAGUGAGCUGGAGACAGAAUCAGAGCUUCAACAACAGGUGGUGGAGCUACAAAUGAAGCUACACUCUCUCACUGAGAAGAACCAGGAGCAGGCAGAGGAGCUUUCUGUGUGGAGACUGGCCUCCCAGCCAGCCCCAGCUUUUGACAUUCCCAAUACAGACAACCUGCCAAACCAGCAGCAGACUCAUGAGGUGACCCAGAACCAGUCAAAAGUUCAGGAAAGCCCCAGUAAUGUGACAGUGAUCAGAGGAGAUGAGUUACUCCUUUCCUGCUCCUCCAACAAACUGCAGGGCCGCAUGCUGUUCUCCAGACUGCAGCACACUAGCCUUCCUGAACCACAAAGUCUCCAUCCUUCUAAAAAGACUGCAGCACUUCAGGAGUACAAUCAGGACACUGACAAGCUCGACAAGGAAACUGAAAAAGAAAACCUAGACAUCAAUGUCUUGCAUCAAUCAAAUACAGCUCUUACACAACACAAAGAGAGGAAAGACUCUCAAGUCACUAAAGAUUUCCACAGAAUCUCAGGACCAAAUCAGACAAAAACAGCAGAGUGUUUUCUAAAGAAUCACGAGGCCCAGCCAGAGGCCACAAAUGCAAACAAUAAAACAAACACCACCAGUGAUUCUACAGACAGAUGUUUACAGACUGGCCUGAAGAGCGUCAGCAGUCAAACAGAGGGGAAUUUCUAUCCUCAGAGUGCUCCAAAACCAGCUGAUGUUCACUGUGCAUACACACAGACUGAUGAGGAGGAGGAAUUAGUAGAAUCCCCUCCAGUCUCUCCUGUACCGUUAUCUGACAGGGCAGCGGUUGGAGACGCAAUGUUGUUGUCAGGUUCUUUCCCCAUCCCAGCUGACCCAGCUCGCCUGGCUGAGAGAAUCCGCCGAAACAGGAUGCAGCUGUCUGCCGCCUUUGACGACACUGAGUAUGAACCCUAUGGACUCCCUGAAGUUGUCAUGAAAGGUUUUGCGGAUAUCCCCAGUGGUCCAUCAUGUCCCUAUAUUGUGAGAAGGGGUUUGUUAGGGACAACUGUAGUACCUGCCCCACAGAAAGAGCCAGGACAGGAGGAGGAGACUGAUUAAAACACAGCUUCAGCUGUUUAUCCACCGACUGAGCGUACCACAGCUUUCCUGUCCUCAUUAAAGGAUGACAGCUCUUACACAGGGACACUCCAUUCACCAGCAAACUGAAGCACUUCAGACUUUGUAAACCAGCACAGGAGGACCUC